CGCCGCCGCCACCAACAACCGCCUUCUUGUCAGCCGAGGCCCCCCCUUUGGGAGCUGAGCCGGUAUCGCCGUGGCGGUGACGGGAGGGAAAGCAGCUUCUUCGCCCGAAGAGCAGCCGAGGAUGCGGCAGUGCGUGAGAGAGGAAGCGCGGCAGCUGGCCGGCGACUACCUGGACCACUGCCUGUACCCGGGCCGCCAGGCCAGGCCUCCCAGCCGUACGGCCGAGACCCUCCGCAAAGUCACCGACCAGAUGGUGGAGCAGCACCAGGCCGCCUUCAGCAGCAUGAAGAGCCGCUUCGACAACGGCUUGCGCUUCAGCUCCAAGCCGGCGGCAUCGGAGGCGGCGGCGGCGGCGGCUGCUCCCGCUGCUCCCGCUGCUGCGACCGUGGUUGCGGGAGAGGCCGCCGCGGAGGCGACGAGGGCGGCUGUGGCGGCCGGGGACUUCCUGCGCCGGGUGGUGGAGGAAAUGUCGGCCGACGAGAAGAUGAACUGGGGCCGGGUGGUGAGCGUGUUCGCGUUCGCCGGCGUCUUGAGCCGGCACCUGAGGGACUCGGGCAUCGUUAUGUGCCCGGCGACCGGCCCCAGCCCCCUGGACUCGCUGGCGGACAGUGUGGCCAACUACCUGGGCAAGGAGAAGAGGGAGUGGAUUGAGCAGAACGGAGGCUGGGAGGGAUUUCUCAGAUUCUUUGGCAGCAAUGACCAUUGGCAAGAAUCAACAGUACGCAAUAUGCUGAUAACAGUUGCUGGGUUUGGUAUAGCAGGGAUAGCUUGUCUUCUUGCAGUUCGAUAGACUGAUGCACCUAUCUAAUUGGAACAGUCACUAACUGGCCACCUGGAAGAAAUAUUCGUGGUUCCACUUUUAUAUUUCUGUGGGAAAGAGGGGACCACCAUCUGUACAGACAGAGCAGCAAGAAAUGUGGAAGCCUUGGAACUUUUUUUUCUCUCCAGUUUGUUAAUGUUUUCAUUUACUUACACCUUUUCAUAUGCAUUUAAUAUACUGCCUUACAACAAAGAUGAUAUAUGAUUUGAUCUUUUUAAAGGGCAUUUUAAUAUGGUUUCUACGAAAGUGUCCCUUCAAAGUAUGGGUCAAUAUUGUUGUGUCUUCAGUUAUGGAAAAUGUAAGAUAAUAUCUAGUACAAAUUAAAAUCUUGUACAGCCAGCUUCUGAAGAUCACAACUGAAUUACAUUAAGCUGCAGUAGUUCAAUGAAUGCUACGAGGAAGGUACAACCUAUGGCAAUGGUGUUGUUGUGUAUGCUCAUUGUCUCAUGAAAAAUUCAUUCAGACAUUUUUGAUAAUUAUAUCAAUUAUGGCAAAUGAAAAGUGUCUUGUGAUUAACUUUGGUUUUCAUUUAAAACUUGCUACUUGGGAUAAUGAAAUCCUUUUAUAGGAUGUUCACAAGAGAGUUAUUGCAUCUGUCACAGAUCAACUUUCCCAAAGGAAAAAGUUCCACCGAUUUCACUGAUUGCUUCUUGCAUUCUCUUCCUUCUGUUCUGCAAACAAGAAAUAGUGCUAUUAUGGACUUAUUUCUGAUACACAUUUUGGUGUGCAGUGGUUGUGAAAAACUUGCAUUAACUUUAAUAGUUGGACUAUUCCUUUGGUAGGUGUUUAAUAUUUCUUUUCUAUAAGCACAAACGUGUCUGAACAUAGUAAGGUUAUAUUAAACUAUUACAAGUAAGUACAAAAGUACAAAGAUACAUGAAAGUACAAAGAUUCAAAGCUCUGUAUUUGUUAAAAUAUCCAAAUAUGCUGUAACAAUGUCAAGGCUCAACCUCUGCUCCAAAUAUCAACAACUACUUGCACUUACAGUCCCUUUCACAGGAAGAAUGUGGAGAGUAGGAAGGAGGUGACUAAAAUGCAAUCAGGGAUUUUAGUUUUUAGGGUUUUCUUAAAAGAAAGAGAUCGAGGCAGAGGGAUUUUUAAUUAGAAUAAUGUGAUUAAUAAAGUUCCCUGUAAGCUAUUUAUAGUUUGAACUUGUCCCAUCUAAUUAUAAAUUAUGUGAUCAGUAUUUAUUAUAACAUUUUAUUAAUGACUGCACUGCAACAUCAUGAAAUUUUACAAGAACUAUUUUGUGGCCUCAAAACCCAUCGUGUCCCUCAAGUAAUUUGGAAAUUUAUUUUCUUCUGCUCUUGGCAUUUGUAUUUUAUGUUAGCUUUAUGGGUGUAUUAUUUUAACCUUUUCUCUAGGAAUUAGAGCACCGAAUCAUCAUUUAUUGCACCUUUUUAAAAUAAUUUUGUUGCAUAUGUAUAGUAUUAUUGUUUUAUUUAGUAUGUUAAAUACUCUCAAUUGCUAUUCAUUAUAAUCUGCAUCUACAAUUUGUAUUCCAGUUUCUAGUUAAAUUACUUUGCCUUUUGAUUAUAAUGUAAAAUCUUGCAUGAGAAGGGGAAACUAGUAAACCAUAUUGAAAUGGAUUUUUGUAUUUUGACAUUAGCAUUCUUUUCUCAUCUCACUUUUCAAAAACUGUCAAAAUAGUGAUUUAACUGGAAAACGAUCUCUUCAGAUGAGACUUCUUUUCCUCCCAAAGUGUAUACAUUUGUGUAUGUAAGGUAGGCCUGAUCUAGUAAUGCCUCUUACUAAAUAAGCACUUUAAUGGCAGUAAUGACAAAACAGUGAAACCUGGAAAUUCCAGAGCUUUUGUGUGGUGCAAAAAGUGCAUCAAACAGCAGAAAUCCAUUCUGUUUGUUUACUGUGAAUGGUGCACCUCAGUGGUGAAGCAAAGUUGAUUAAUUUUAAAGCUAUUUGAUAUCACUCAGUUUAACAAAAAAGCGACAUCCCUGACUUGGAGUGCUUGAGUACCUAGUAUUUCAUUAAUGCAUAAAGGUGCCUUAUCCCAUUUACAAAUCAGUAUGUAAAGCAGGCAGAAGUAUAACUGUGGUAUGAAUAGGGACAUUCUGUAUGGAAAUCUUUUUCUUUCGUGUAAUGAGCUCAUGGAAAAUUUCAAAACGUUUUCGAAAACCAGUGUGGUACAAUUUAGACGUUUCCUGUAAUUGGCAUUUCCGUAAACAUUUUGUGGGAUUAAGGUGAAUAAUCUUGGGAGAAAUACUUCAAAUGCCAUUUUCCGAUCUUUCAUCUGAAAACUUUUCAAUAGCACUAUUUAAAACUUCCUGUUGUCAUCAGUAGCUACUGCAUAGGCCAUUUGACAGAAUGGAGGGUAUUGUAUCAAACCAGAUGCACUAUUUGUUCUUGCUGUCAUUUGCUGUGUUCACCCUAACGUUCCCUGAGUAUUGACUAAGGUUCACUGAGGAACGCACAUUUCUGUAUAACAUUUGGUAAAUUUAAAACCCUUUGCUCGAAUUUUACAUUACCAUUUGAUUGCCUUCUGACAUUUACUUUAGAAAAUGACCAUGCAUUCUCUUGCACGUCUGUUCCAAGCCAUUAAAUUUCCCUUGCUUUAAACCUGGGUAAAAUCACCCUCCAACCUGAAAGUGAUGUUUUGGGGUUAAUUUGUUAAAUUACUCAGUUUCAAUCACUUUGUGAUUGUAGAUGCUGUACCUCCUAGUUUAGUAUCUGUAAUGGAUUUCUGGUCAUUGUGUUAGAUGAGCAGCUGCCAUACAAGUUAUAGUACCAAAGAAAGGUACAAAUUUACCAACCCCAUCGCUGAAUGUAUCAGGGUGGCAGCCUGUUUGGUUUAGAAUGAAGUGCCUUAUUUUCCUUGCUUUUAGCAAAGGUCUGUGUCUGAAGGUCAGGAUGGUAUUUGGUUUUCCUGAAGGAAUACUGAAUACUCAACUCUUUUUUUCAUGUGGUACAAGUCAGGCAGGCGGCAGGGUUAGGGGGGAACUCAUGCACCCCACACUUGGUCUUGUAAACCUGAACUUAAUCAAAAUGCGCAAAUACAAUGGUAUAAACCAUUGGGUGUUUUCCAACUUGGAACUUUUUAAAAACUUUUUCAUAACCACUUCACGGUCAUCCGAGUGAUUCAGAAAGUUUCCAUACAUGGAUGGUUUACACUAGUUUGUAAAGAAUUCUACGAAAACAAAUUAAAAAGUACCUUUGUAUAAA